AUAAAGUUUUGUCUUGUGUGAGCUACGAAUUGUUUUAUUAGGAAUGAGUGAAACGCGUGAACAAAUUUUGGAAGAAAUUAAAUUACAAGGUGAUUUGGUACGAAAACUAAAAGCGGCCAAGGAACCCAAAGAAAAGUUUAUUGUAGAUUUCAUUCGUCAUUUAGAAUUUAUUGAGAACAAAAUAUGCCAGACUUAUUUGUAAAUACAUUCGUGAAUGCUUCAAGGCUUUUAAACCCGCCCAAAAAGCGUGGUAAACCUAGGGGCAGAAAACCAAAAGCUAAAAAACCUCCAGCAACGGUAAUGUAUGAUCCUGUACCCCAAACAUCUCUUAAUCCACAAACACAAUUAGCGCCGCCAACAACACAACCCCCACAACUUUACAACGAUUAUGUUAACGAAUAUCAUCAGCAACAGAUACCAUAUCAAAUAGCACAACAAUAUAGUUUAGGCUACGAAGAUAUUGCCGGUAUUACAAAGAUGAUGACUAUGGAUAUAACAAAAACCGAACCCAAUGUGGGUCCAAAUAAUUUACAAAAUUCCACCGGCAAUAAUAACAACAACAACUCCAAUACAAACAAUGCCAAUGGCAAUAGUAUAACAGCGGCGGCCAAUAAUAACAACAACAAUGGCAGCCAAUUAUGUGCCGGUUGUGGCAAACACAUACAGGAUCGUUAUUUAUUAAGGGCCCUAGAUAUGUUAUGGCAUGAAGAUUGUCUAAAAUGUGGCUGCUGUGACUGUCGUCUGGGUGAGGUGGGCUCAACGCUCUAUACUAAAGGCAAUCUAAUGUUAUGCAAAAGAGAUUAUUUAAGGCUAUUUGGUAAUACAGGUUAUUGUGCUGCUUGCAGUAAAGUCAUUCCGGCAUUUGAAAUGGUAAUGCGUGCCCGCACUAAUGUCUAUCAUUUAGAAUGUUUUGCCUGUCAACAGUGUAAUCACAGAUUCUGUGUAGGUGACCGUUUCUAUUUAUGUGAAAAUAAGAUUUUAUGUGAAUAUGACUAUGAAGAACGUUUGGUUUUUGCCUCAAUGGCCAAUCAUCCCAUGUUAAAGAGACAUGCCAAUUCCAUAGCCCAAGAUACACCUAAUGGUAAUGCGGGCACGGGUGGUAAUCAAGGUAUGAUGUCGGCUGGUGGCAAUAGUCCUAGAACACCUGGAGAUCUCAAUAAUAAUGGACCACAACCAGGAGCAGGCAAUUCGCCGUUUGGCGCUGGGGCUGGAGCUCAUAUGAAAAACUCUUUGGGAGCCUCAAGCUAAAAUCAAACUAUACAAAUGGCCAAUUAUCAUAGAAGGCAUUUUUGGUUGAAUAGUGGUUAUAACCAAAGAAAAUUUUAAUUAAAAACGAAAAAAAUGGCUAUCUAGACAAGUAAAGUGAAUAAGCCAAAAAAAA